GUUCAAGCACGAGUGCGCUCUUCGUCCGAUUUGGAGUCUGAGCGCAUUUCUUGAUGAGCAGGAACAAAACUAGAAAGACAGAAAGAACCGGCAACUCUUGUGCUCUCCCAUCCAGAGGAGGCGGGUGUUAAGAAGCGAGAGCCACAACAUCAUGAGCUCCGAGGCUGUUGUCAUCGUGUCUGCGGCAAGGACGCCGAUAGGCCGUUUCAAUGGCUCCUUGUCCAAUCUGCCUGUACACUUGCUGGGGUCCCGUGUCAUCAGCGAAGCCCUCAAACGGACAAGCGUCAGACCAGAAGAUGUGUCUGAAGUCAUCUUGGGACACGUUCUAACCGCUGGCCAUGGACAGAACCCCGCACGCCAGGCCAGUGUGGACGCAGGAAUCCCAUACUGUGUGCCAGCGUGGAGCUGUCAGAUGGUCUGCGGCUCUGGUCUGAAAGCUGUUUGCCUGGGUGCCCAAGCCAUCUUAACAGGAGAGGCAACGAUUGUGGUUGCGGGUGGAAUGGAAAAUAUGAGCAGGACGCCCCAUGCGAUACACAUAAGAUCUGGACACAAAAUGGGCGAUACUUCAUUACAGGACACCAUGAUUUCUGACGGCUUGACAGACGCCUUCCACCAGUACCACAUGGGCAUAACAGAAAAUUGUAAUCACGGAGAAACGUCACACAUGCGACGUGCUGGACAGGUGCGUUUGUCUACUGGAGAAUCAAACUUUCAGUCUUUCUUAGAAAAGACCAACACUACUUCCACUUAGCCGAUAACCGCCAAAUCACUGAAAAGAGCAUUUCGCCAAAUUUGUAUAUAAAUGAUGAAAAACUAGUAAAAAAUAAAAAACAAGAAAACAUUAGCUUGCGUACAUUGGCCUUAAACCUUUGACCAUUUGAUUGAACGUCCAACACGCUAACCACUAGACCAGUGCUGCUGAACUGUCUUAUUAUUGUAUAUUAAUUAAUAUUAAAGUAAUUAAAUAUAAAGUAUAAUUAAAUAUAAAGUAAAAUUAAUAUUAAAGUAAUUUGACCAAACUUCGAUUAAUCUAAAUGCUAUUUUUUAAUUAAUUUGUCUACAUUGGUGAGCAAAAGUCCAACACGCCAACCACUUGACCAACACCGCUAAUUCUUCUUAUGUACGAGGGACGUUCAAUAAGUUUAACUAUUUAUUAAGAAUUUCAAAAGCAAAUCGCAUCACUUUUCUGCAUAAGUCCCCUUCCUUCGCAGUGAAAUUUUCCCAGCGUCGUGCCAUCUUUUUAAUGCCAUCAGCAAAAAAAUGUUUUUGCCUUCACUGUUUCCAACGAAAAUAUUAAAGUGCAGAAACAUUUUGAAC